AUGGCUUUUUUAAUAGUAUGCUUUUGGCUCGUGUGUGGAGUAGCAAUUUUACUCGUUGGUACACUAUUAAGAUAUGCUUCCAACCUUCCACAAGUUAUACAAGACCUACUUCUCUAUGGUAAAGUAAGAGGACAGCGUAAAGAUGUUACAGCUGUUCGGAAAAUUGAAAUUCCAAAAAGGUUUUUCAUCCAUUUCUAUGCAAUUGGCGUGUUGGCACAGGGGGUGGUCCUAUUGAUAGUAGGCAGGUCAUAUUUCAUGGGAGUGGCACCGCCAGCACUAUACAAGGGCGUACUUGACUAUUUAAGUGAACCAAAAAUCAUACGAACAAAUGCAGUGUCUGCUACCAUGGUGAUAGCCUUGAUGUUCAUUCAAGAUGCAAGACGUCUCUAUGAAUGUAUCUACAUCAGUGUAUAUUCAAAAGGGACAAUAAAUCUACUGCAUUACACACUGGGGAUCCUCUUGUAUUCAACAUUUGGGUUUGCAGCGUUGGCAGAGGCUCCAAAGUUAGAGCUAUACCAAGGGGAUUUCCUCGGUGAUAUUAUAACGUGGAAUCAUGCUGUUGGUCUUGUGUUGUUUAUAUGGGCCACAUGGCAUCACCAUACUGCGCACAUCAUAUUUGCAAACCUCAGAAAAACAAAAACAGGCGCAGUACAAACUCUACAGCACCAGAUUCCCAGUGGCGACUGGUUUGAUUACGUCUCCUGUCCUCAUUACUUGGCAGAGUGUAUCAUAUACUUUUCUUUCAUCACCAUCGUGGGUUACAGCAAUAUUACCAUGUGGAGCAUUGUCCUUUUUGUCUGGAUGAACCAGUAUAUGGCCGCCAUGCUCUGCCAUGAUUGGUACAAGAAAGAAUUUAAGAAGUACCCGAAAGAACGACGUGCGAUUAUACCAUUUGUAGCAUAGAAACAUUUAUAAUUACUCCAUUCAGUGGCAGCAUCUGGAGCCUCUGAUUCAAAACUAGCUCAGAAUAUUAGUGGCCAAUAUAUAGAUGUCUGUAACAUCUUGCGUUUGGUGUCUUUAACAAUUUGCAGCCUCUGCAAAAAUUUGCAAUAACUUACAAGGUGAUGACAUUGUGACAUGUUUAUGCCUUGUUUUUAUUGCAUUUGAAAUGUCACGCAAGUACUGUACUCCUGGUAAAUUUUGA